UUGCUUUGCUUGCUUAUAUUUCUAUGCCGCUUUUCGUUCCCCGUGAAUUGCAAAGCGGCUUAACAAAUCAAGAAAGAACAAUUGCAGGACAUCACAGACAAACAUAGAUAGAAUAAUGAACAAAAUAAUCAACAAAACCAUUCAGAUGCCAAGGAGAUAAAAGAAUGACACAACUUUUAGGAGACAUCUGAAGGCAGCGCUGCAUCGGGAGGUUUUUAAACGGCGGUCUCCGUUUCCCUGGCACUCCGCUCAUCACGUGAGGCUGAACACCAUGUCUCCAGAGUUGGGGGACAGUGAUGAUGAGGAGCUGCCAACCUUUGAUUUCCUGAAGCAGCAGCCUCCAAGCAUAAAAAGUGUUGUCCAAACUCCUCCUCUAGAAGAGAAUGUGGUUGUGCUCUGCAGCUCAGACUCGGAAGAUUCGUCCGUGGCCUCUCCUGCCUGGAAAAAACCACGUGGCAGCCAGGAUUCGGCCAGGGCUCCCACUUGUCUGAAAGCGAUAGUGCAGCUCAGCAGUGAGAGUGAGGAGGAGGAAGUUAUUCCCUUGGCUGAAAGGCUCAAGAGGAAGCUUUUGACGUCUGAGCCUUCCUCCGCUUGUCCUUCGUAUACUAGGAUCCGGGAACUGAGCAAGCAAGACUCCGCUGGAGGAAACGGACUCUGCUCCAUUGACGAGAAAGCGGUCACAGAUUGCGGGCGGCUGUCACAGCUACCCAGAUGCCAAGGAACCCACGGAAGGGCUGUACCCAGUAUAUGGGAACUGUCAGAUAGCGACCAGGAACUGGAUUCAUUGGAUCCUAAGAAACAGACUGUGCUUCGCCCGACUGUUUGUGUCUCUGACCGCUUGGUUCAAAAUGGCAGCUGUGAGGCGGUAGAGGAAAGCCUGAAACCUUUGCCUCUUCAGAGGAAAACAAAGUGCAGCCAGGAGGAACUGGGCAAAGCCCAGCAGAGGACAAAUGAGCGGGAAACCCAGAAGAUGCUGCAGCAGCAGGAACGAGAGAGGAGGAAGGCCCUUGCUAACCGGUGGAAGGCCCAGAGGCCAGAAGAGUGUCUGAAACACAUCCAAGCAGUCCUAGAUCCAGGUCUGUUACAGAUUGAAGGUGGCGGGCUGGUGCUUACCGCUCUGCAGGCAAUGGAGUGCAGCUGUGUGAUUGAGAAUCAAGCUGUUCCUUGCAGUAUCACCUGGAGAAGGAAAACUGGACUAGGUCAGGCUGAAGAAGACAACUGGACAGAAGAACCCAACCUUCUAGUCCUAGUUCUGCUAGAAGAAUUUGUUGCUAUGAUCCAUAACUAUAAACAGGUUAGCAUGGAAGGGCCCAAUGAGACUCUGCAGAGCUUUGCGGCAAACGUCAUGAAGAAAACCCCCGGGAAGACUCUGGCCCUGGCUGUAGUAGAACUAGAAAAAUACUUCAGUUCUCACAAGCUCAAGUCACGGAAGAAACUGCAGCAAGCAUUGCAGAGUGGCAGUGAGGCCCAGGAGCAGAGCAAACAGAGGAAUCGGAGAGGAAAGGCAAAUACCGUCCCAAACCUGUCCAGACUGGACGUGGAAGAAGGCUUGGUGGCUCUGCAGCUUCAGACAGGUAUCCAAGUUCGACUCCUCGAGAGCUGGAAGGAGUUUGCCGACUUUGCCAGUACGUUCACCAAGGCUGUGGCAGAAGCUCCAUUCAAAAGGGAACGAGAUAAAACCAGCUUCUCCUUCUGCCUAGAGGGAGACUGGAUCGGGGGGAUGAAGGUGGACCGCUUUGGAAAGGGACUGCUGCAAGUUUGGAAGAGACAGAUCCAGCAGUUUAACCGGGUCAGCCUAGAGACAGCCAAUGCCAUCGUGGCCAAAUACCCAUCUCCUCUACUUCUGAAACAGGCCUAUGACACCCGCCCUUCUCGUCAGGAGCGGCACAACCUCCUUGCAGAGAUACCUGUCCGUCGUGGCGAUGGAGUGACGGCUACUACAAGGCGGGUUGGCCCAGAGCUAUCCAAACGGAUUUAUCUGCAGAUGACUUCCCAUAACCCUGACCUUUCCCUGGAUGCUACUGGGUGAUGUUGAACUAUGUAUUUUAAGCAAAAACUUUGUUCAAAUCUUUUUUUUUAAUAGCGGGAAGAAAUGUUAAAACUAAACAUUUUUUGAAAAUAUCAAAUGCGUCGCUGCUUGGGACCCAGAAAGGACUCCUACUUUCCCCCCUUUAUUCCUGCAGCAGUCCUUAUUAGGCAAUCAAGUAUUUCUUGGCUAACCAGGAAUGAUUGAGCUGUAGUACUUUUAUCAAUCUUGGAAAGAAAACCCAGGCACAACCCCUGUCACUCUGCAUCUACCCCCUUACUACUCAGGAUAGACAAGGAUGCUAAAGAAGAGGUUGGCAGUGCUUGUUCUACACCAACGUUAUUCAGAAAUUUGUCAAAUUAAUUUUAAACAUUGCUAAAGAGGCUGGGCUUGAACAACUCUGACUUGAACAUAAGAGGUGCCCAUGUGCCAAAAUAGAAACAGAAUAUUGAUUUACUCACAGCUCAAAGCUAUGUCCUAUUUGUUCAAAAAUUUUUUUGUAAGAACCUAAGUCUCCUUAAAAGCACAAACUAUGUAACAGAUGUCUAUUUGACUAGAGCUGUGCAUGUGGGUUAUGUAACUUUACAUAUUAAAUGGUUUACGGGAAUUUGCUACAGGAAAGGAAUCUCAAGUUGCACCCCCACCAUUCUCAGCUACCUAAAGUCUUCUAAUCCCUCUCUCCAUGCUGCCCUGGGAUGACGUCAGUGACUUCAAAUCCCGCUUCAAGGCCCACUUUUCCCAUGAAGCCUUUUUUGCGCAAUCCCCUUGUCCAUAUGCCCCACCUGAACCAAGUCUCUCAUUUUAAGUUAGCAGAAUCUCACCCUUCUUCCUCCCUGCUUACCCCACCUCCACUUUCAUCUGCUGUUUCUCCUGUGACUAAUUUUAACUUGCAAGCUCUCAGCCCAGGAGGAACUUGCGCUCUGUAAAGCACAUGCCCAUUGAUAGUGCUAUAUAGCUAUUGAUUCAAUUACACUGCUAGCACAUGCCAGA